AAAUGUUUCCUUUCCACAGCAGAACACACAAUAUACCGGUAAAGACGUUUAUUCCUCAUUAUUCAGGUUUAUAAGCGUUUAUUUACCCGGAACCUCUUACAUCAGCAGGUCAUCCUCGUGCACUCAGCUCAGCGGUUAUAACACAACAUUACACCCACACAGCGGAGACCCGGAACCGGAACCCGAGCGCGUGCGCGCGGACUCACAUGGGUUCAUUCAUCUGCCUGCUGAAUUUCUCCAGCGCGUGAGAGUUCAUUAAUCAGGAGCUUCAGAAGGGUUUAUAAAGGGUUAUAGCGCGCGCGCGAGUGUAGUGUGUGUGUAAAGACACGGUGAGAUGCUUCAGGAGCCCCGGUGGCGGAUUCCCCCUAACGCUCCCGCCUGCAUGGAGAAACACCUGGAAUGCGCGCGCUACCGCAGAGAUGGUGUGUUCCUGCUCAGUGCCUCCAGUCUGACGGGUCGGUGUUGGUUCGGUUCUAUUUGGAUUUAUUCUGAUGCUAAACUGGCACCGAAUGAGGGCUUCUGUAAGGCGGGGCUUCAGACGGAGGCGGGGCUUAAUGACGUCCAGUGGCUGACGGACAGGAGUGUCGCUGCAGGAACUGAUUCUGGUGCAGUUGAACUGUGGGAUUUGGCUGAAGAUGAGCGCUUGUUGGUGAACCGGUUCAGUCGUCAUGAACAUGAUGAUGUGGUCACCACAAUCAGUCCAGCAGCCGACGCCCAGCAUCUCAUCAGUGGCAGCAUGGACUGCAGGGUGAAAGUUUGGGAUCUGAAUCAGGAGUCUGUGAUCAACACCUACAAUGUGCACUCCAUGGCUGUGAACUGUGUGUCCUGCAGCCCAACUGACCAAUCACUGUUCUUGUCCUGUGCUCAGGAUGGUCGAUUUUUGCUGUGGGAUCGUAGAAAACCUAAACCUGCAUCUCGUUUAGAAGUGGCUUCCCCGAGUUCUGUGACUGCUGUUGUGUGGCAUCCAAAUCAGACCAGCACCAUCGCCUACGGUGAUGAGUUGGGCAGGGUAACUGUGACGGAUUUCCAGGCUGCUGGAGUCACACAGACGAUGAACACACACACGCGCAGAGUGUCAGAGCUUGCCUUCUCUUCACACAGUUCUCCUCUCCUCGCCUCAGUGAGUGAUGACUGCACCGUCACCGUGCUGAACACAGAGCUCAGAGAAAUUUACAGAGACAAAAGACACCAGGACUUUGUGCGUGGUGUGUGUUGGGCCCCGGGCGGCUCAGAUGUGCUGACCACUGCAGGGUGGGAUCACCAGGUGCUCCAUCAUAAUGUGCAGGAGACACGGACUUAACACACACACACACUCACUCACACAAACUUAACAUACAAGCACUAAAUACACACAGAGUUCUACAUCCAUCAGUGUUUAAUAAAAUGUGUGUUCAGUCAA